ACUUCUCUUUUUUCUGCCCUCUCUGGCUUUGGUGACUCUCCUGAGGUAUCUCAGUGGCCCCUGGAGUCCUGUGGCUCCUGCUCCUUUCAGCCAUGGUUAGGAUGACUACCAAAUUCUUUCUGUUGACAGGCCUGGCCUUAUGUCACGGGUUCAACCUGGACACGGAAAAUGCAAUGAUUUUCCAAGAGAAUGCAAGGGGCUUUGGACAGAGUGUGGUCCAGUUUGAGGGAUCCCGCAUGGUGGUUGGAGCCCCCCAGGAGAUAAAGGCUCCCAACCAAACUGGCAGCCUCUACCAGUGUGACUACAGCGUGGGCAGGUGUGAGCCCAUCCCCCUGCAGGUCCCCUUGCAGGCUGUGAAUAUGUCCCUGGGGCUCUCUCUGGCAGCCACUACCACCCCUUCCCGGCUGUUGGCCUGCGGCCCCACUGUGCACCAAAUCUGCAAGGAGAACACCUAUGUGAAUGGCUUCUGCUUCAUGUUUGGAUCCAACUUACUUCAGCAGCCCCGGAGGUUUCCUGAGACCCUCAGAGAAUGUCCUCGACAGGAAAGUGACAUCGCCUUCUUGAUUGAUGGCUCCGGUAGCAUUAACCCAACUGACUUUCAGCGUAUGAAGGAAUUUGUCUCAACUGUGAUGGCACAAUUCAAAGAUUCCAAAACCUUGUUCUCUUUGAUGCAGUACUCCAAUGAAUUCUGGACUCAUUUCACCUUCAAUAAUUUCAAGAAAAAUCCUAACCCAAGAUCGCUGGUGAAGCCAAUAAGACAGCUAAAUGGGUGGACACACACUGCCACAGGAAUCCGCAAAGUAGUAAGGGAACUGUUUCACAGCAGCUAUGGGGCCCGGAAGAAUGCCCUUAAGAUCUUAGUUGUCAUCACAGAUGGAGAAAAGUACGGCGAUCCCUUGAACUACGAGGAUGUCAUUCCCGAAGCAGACAGAGAAGGGGUCAUUCGCUAUGUCAUUGGGGUGGGAGAUGCCUUUUUUAGUAAGAAAAACCGUGAAGAGCUUGAUAUCAUUGCAAGCAAGCCAUCUUCUGAACACGUGUUCCAGGUGGAUAACUUUGAAGCUCUGAAGACUAUUCAAAACCAGCUGCAAGAAAAGAUCUUUGCAAUUGAGGGUACUCAGACAGGAAGCAGCAGCUCAUUUGAGUAUGAGAUGUCUCAGGAAGGCUUCAGUGCUGCCAUCACAUCUAAUGGUCCCUUGAUGGGUGCCGUGGGGAGUUUUGACUGGGCUGGUGGAGCUUUUUUGAGAACUUCAGAGAAUAAAGUGACCUUCAUCAACACAACCAGAGUGGAUUCAGACAUGAAUGAUGCUUACUUAGGUUAUGCUGCUGAAGUCAUCUUGCGAAACCGGGUACAGAGUCUGGUUCUGGGGGCACCUCGAUAUCAACAUACUGGCCUGGUGGUGAUGUUCAAACAGGAUGUUGGCACCUGGAAGACACAUGCUUCUGUCCAGGGGAGCCAGAUCGGCUCCUAUUUUGGAGCCUCCCUCUGCUCUGUGGAUGUGAACAGAGACAGCAGCACUGACUUGGUCCUCAUUGGGGCCCCCCAUUACUAUGAGCAGGCCCGGGGGGGCCAGGUGUCUGUCUGUCCCCUGCCCCAAGGGCGGGCCAAGUGGCGGUGUGAGGCUGUUCUCCGCGGGGAGCAGGGCCAUCCAUGGGGCCGCUUUGGGGCAGCCCUGACAGUGCUGGGAGACAUGAAUGGAGACAAGCUGACAGAUGUGGCCAUUGGGGCACCGGGGGAGCAGGAGAACCGGGGUGCUGUCUACCUAUUUCAUGGAACAUCAGGACUGGGCAUCAGCCCCUCCCACAGCCAGCGGGUUGAAGGCUCUCAGCUGUCUCCCCGGCUCCAGUAUUUUGGUCAGUCACUGAGUGGGGGCCAGGAUAUGACAAUGGAUGGUCUGGUGGACCUGGCUGUAGGAGCCCAGGGGCAUAUGCUACUGCUCAGGUCCCAGCCAGUAUUGAAAGUUGAUGUUGCCAUGGAGUUCACACCCAGGGAAGUGGCAAGGAAUGCAUUUGAAUGUCGUGAACAGGUGCUGAAAAACCAGAAUGCUGGGGAGGUCAGAGUCUGCUUCCGUGUGCGGAAAAUCACACGGGACCGACUGGGAGAAGGACAGAUCCAGAGCAUCAUCACUUAUGACUUGGCUCUGGACUCUGGCCGCCCAAACCCCCGUGCCAUCUUUGAUGAGACAAAGAACAGUACACAUAGACAAACAAGGACCUUGGCGAUGACGGUGAAUUGUGGCACCCUGAAGCUAUUGUUACCGGGUUGUGUAGAGGACUCAGUGACCCCCAUCGUCUUGCGCCUCAACUUCUCUUUGGUGGGGCGGCCCGCACCCUCUUUCGGGAAUCUCCGUCCAGUGCUGGCUGUGGAUGCUCAGAGACUCUUCACAGCCUUGUUCCCCUUUGAGAAAAAUUGUGGCAAUGACAACAUCUGCCAGGAUGACCUCAGCAUCACCUUCAGUUUUAUGAACCUGGACACACUGGUGGUGGGUGGUCCCCGGGACCUCAAUGUGACUGUGACUGUGAGAAACCAGGGUGAGGACUCCUACAGGACUCAGGUCACCUUCUUCUAUCCAUCUGGCUUGUCCUAUCGGAGAGUGUCAGGGGCCCAGAACCAGCGCUCACAGCGAUCCUGGCGCCUGGUCUGUGAGUCUGGGCCCUCUCCUGAAGAGCCUGGGCGCCUGAAGAGCAGCAGCUGCAACAUAAACCACCCCAUCUUCCCAGACAACUCUGAGGUCACCUUUAAUAUCACAUUCGACGUGGACUCUGCUGCUUCUUUUGGAAACAAAUUACUCCUCAAAGCCAAUGUGACCAGUGAGAACAACAUGCCCAAGACCAACAAAAGCGAAUUCCAGCUGGAACUGCCUGUGAAAUACGCUGUCUACAUGGUGGUCACCAGCCUUGAGCACUCUACCAAAUAUCUCAACUUCACAGCGUCAGAGAAGACCAGCCUGAUUAUGGAGCAUCAAUAUCAGUUCAAUAACCUGGGGCAGAGGAGCCCCUCCAUCAGUGUGGUCUUCUUGGUCCCUGUCCUGCUGAACAAGGUGACAGUGUUAGACAACGUCCAGGUCAACUUCUCCCAGAACAUCUACAAUUCAUGCUACACUGAAGAAAGGCUUCCUCCUCACACUGAUUUCCUGGCUGAGAUUAAGAAGACCUCAGUGCUGAACUGCUCUAUUGCAGUCUGCAGGAGAAUCCAGUGUGACAUUCCUUCCUUCAGCACCCAGGAAGAAUUCACUGUCACCCUCAAAGGCAAUCUCUCAUUUGACUGGUAUAUCAAGACUGCGAAUAACUACCUCCUGGUUGUGAGCACAGCGGAGAUCUUGUUUAACAAUUCUGUGUUUGCCCUGCUUCCAGGACAGCAGGCAUUUGUGAGGGCCCAGACAGAGACCAAAGUGGAGCAGUAUGAAAUUCACGACCCUGUACCACUCAUCGUGGGCAGUUCCGUGGGGGGGCUGUUGCUUCUGGCCCUCAUCACCGUGGGACUGUACAAGCUUGGUUUCUUCAAACGGCAGUACAAGGACAUGAUGAGUGAAACUGCUCCCCAAGCAGACGUACCCCAGUAAUGACUCCUUCCCUACUGAACGGCUUCUUCUGGAAGGAGCAGAUCUUUGGUCAGACCAACAUGCAGGCCCCUAUGCUGCUGGGCAGACAUAUCCAUUAGGAGACUGGGGUUGUGACAUCUAACCCAGAAAAGACCUGCUUGGGUUUCCAUUCAUGUGUAUGUGUGUAUGUGUGCAGGUGUGUGUGAGGGCAUGUGACUCAGAUGUCUUUAGAACAUCUGAAUCACAGAAUAGUCUCUCUGGCUGAGGAGAAUUGCUGGGGCUUCCUUGUGUAUGUGGGCAAAGAUGGUGUCAGACCUUCUAGGAUGGAGGUGAUGGCAGCUCUUAUGGGUGAAAAUAAAGGGAGACCCUCUCCUAAGUGAGAACUUCCGUCAUGGAGAAGUGUGCAGUCUUGCAGGAGCCUGUGCUGCUGGGACUGAGCUGCUGUGGAGAAGUCGCUGGUGGAGCCAGGUGCUGGUCAGCCAGCACCAGCCUGUCCCAACCAUCCCACACUCCAGCUGAGGGGCUCGACAAUUAUGUCAAAUGAGGAAUGAUAAACCUCCCUUUAUGUUUUCAUUCAUUUGUUAUUUUAAUGUUACUUCUAUAUUUUUGUAUUGAUAAAGCUGUCCACGUACAAAAUCAAAAGACAUGCAAGAGCGUGCGGUGAAAAUCCUCUCCCCCACCCUCAUCAUUCAAGUUCUCUCCUUAAGGGCAGCUGAUGUUAUGUAUUUUGGGGUCUCCUUCAGAAAGAUUUUAGGCCUAUGCAACAUACAUACACACAGCUGCAUGGAUAUACCCACGGGUGAGCUUUUUCUCACAAAUGGUAGCGUUAUUUAUUUAUGCUGCUCUGCACUUCGCUUUUUCAUGAGUAUAACUCAGACAUUGCUUGAUAUCAAGCCAUAAAUUGCCUUUUCAUUCUUUUAUACACCUGCAGAACAUUUCCUUGUGUGGGUGUAUCAUAAUGUAUUUAAUCAGUUUCUUUUUGAUAUAUUAUUUCCAAUCUCUUGCUAUUACAAUAAUGUUGAAUUAAUAAAUCGAAUAUAUGUGAUUUUUGUAUAUGUGUAAGAACUAUUUAUAGGAUAUAUUCCUAGAACUUUGGGUUCCUCCAGAUUCAAACCCUGAGACAAGAAUUUUGGCGAAAGGAGUUUUUUUAAGAGGUGGCUCCAGGAAAUGCCAAUAAAGAAGGGGGAGAAAGGAAGGUAGCCAAUAAAGGGUGUGUUAUCAACAUAGUCACCACUGUGGGGCUCCACAGGUUAAAUCCUACUGGAGAGCUCUGGGAACAGUGUAGAACAUGCAUCUCAGUGUUAUCCCACUGGGUACAAGGAGCUGAGGUAUUUAUACACCAAUUAUACAUAGUUAUAGAAUGAGGGCUGCUCUGAGGACAUUAAUUUCCUGGACUGCCUUGGGUAUGGACAGAGCAUGUUCUGGUGGCCAGAGAAGGAGAUACAGGUGCUGCCAGUUGGAAGUCUGACAGGUGAGCACAGCCCCUGGCAAGGACCGUGGGGAUAUGGAGGGGCACCAAUAACAUGAGCUACAAAAGGGUAUGUGCAUGUAAAGUUUUGAUAGCUGUGGCGGGGUAGUCCUCAUCUUUAGAUGGAGUCUGCUAACCAAAAGGUCAGCAGUUCCAAUCUGCCAGCUACUCUGAGGGAGAAAGAUGUGGCAGUCUGCUUCCAUAAAGAUUUACAGCCUUGUAAACCCUAUGGGUUGCUAUGAGUCAGAACUGACUUAAUAGCAUUGAGUUUUGGUUUACCAAUGCAUGUGGGUGCUUGUCUCUCAUACCAGUGGCAAUGCAUCCUAAUUCUCACACCAGUUCUGCUAAGUGACCGACUUUUUAAAUUGUUAUCUGAAUUUCAUAUAUAAGGAAACUGAGGCCGUACCAAUAGGUCAUACCAAUUACCUGAGGUCAUAUAGAUAAGAAGGGGCUGGAGCUGGGAUUCCAACCUGUCUCUGUCUGGUUCCAGAGCUUUUCUUCUACUGUCCUGGUAGUGCUAGAGGAAUGGCAGCAGGUCCGAGGGAGGUGUGGGGACAGAGUGACUCUUACUUAGCUGUUAUAAUAUUAGGGUGAACCAUAUGAAAUUGCCGACUUGCUACAAUUUUUUGGAAAAAAAUUUUUAAAAUGUCAAUUUCAUAGGGUUCAUCCAAACACAAAAAAACCAUGGCUUAGAUGGCCUAUUCCAAAAAUGAUAGAAGGAAAAAGGGAGGGUUUAAUCCUGCUUGGGAGGAAAGGCUCCCUAGGGGCGGCUACUCUUGACCCAAGUAGGGGCAGAGUUUUCCAGGCAGAGGGUAACACAGGGUGAGGCCGGAAGGAGGGCGGGAGCUUGGACAUAUGUGCUUUGUAAGCCAGAGUAAGGAGUUUCGUUUUUAUUCAGCAUUUCGUAAGAUACCAUUGAGGGGUGUCUAAUGAGACAGUAGCCAUUUGCAUCCUUGGGGUUGCCACACACAUGAUGACCUUUACAGAGUUCUACACAAUUUCCUGACUUAAAAAUAAAAUUUUUUUUGUUUUUUUUUUUGUUUUAUAUAUAUAUUUAAUUGUACAUUAGAUGAAAGUUUACAGAACAAACUAGCUUCUCAUUGAACAGUACACAUAUUGUUUUGUGACACUGGUUACCCACCCCAUGACAUGUCAACAUUCUCCCCUUCCUGACCUUGGGUUCCCUAUUACCAGCUUUCCUGUCUUCUCCUGCCUUCUAGUCCUUGCCCCAGGCUGGUGAGCCCCUUUAGUCUCAUUUUGUUUUAUGGGCCUGUCACAUCUUUGGCUGAGGGUGAACCUCAGAAGUGACUUCAUUACUGAGCUAAAAAGGGUGUCUGGAGGCCAUACUCUUGGGGUUUCUCUAGUCUCUGUCAGACCUGUAAGUCUGGUCUUUUUUUUUUUUUUUAAUUUUUAUUAAGCUUCAAGUGAACAUUUACCAUUCCAAUCAGUCUGUCACAUGUAGGCUUACAUACAUCUUACUCCCUUCUCCCACUUGCUCUCCCCCUAUUGAGUCAGCCCUUUCAGUCUCUCGUUUCGUGCCAAUUUUGCCAUCUUCCCUCUCUCUCUAUCUUCCCAUCCCCCCUUCAGUCAAGAGUUGCCUACACACUCUCCAGUGUCCACCUGAUUUAAUUAGCUCACUCUUCAUCAGCAUCUCUCUCCCCGCCACUGACCAGUCCUUUUCAUGCCUGAUGAGUUGUCUUCGGGGAUGGUUCCUGUCCUGUGCCAUCAGAAGUUCUGGGGAGCAUUGUCUCUGGGAUUCCUCUAGUCGCAGUCAUACCAUUAGGUAUGGUCUUUUUAUGAGAAUUUGGGGUCUGUAUCCCAUUGGUCUCCUGCUCCCUCAGGAGUUGUCUACUGUGCUCCCUGACAGGGCAGACAUCGAUUGUGGCCGGGUACCAACUAGUUCUUCUGGUCUCAGGGUAAUGUAGGUCUCUGGUUCAUGUGGCCCUUUCUGUCUCUUGAGUUCUUAGUUGUCGUGUGACCUUGGUGUUCUUCCUUUGCCUUUGUUCCAGGUGGGUUGAGACCAAUUGAUGUAUCUUAGAUGGCCGCUUGUUGGCAUUUAGGACCCCAGGUGCCACAAUUCAAAGUGGGAUGCAGAAUGUUUUCAUAAUAGAAUUAUUUUGCCCAUUGACUUAGAAGUCCUCUCAAACCAAGUUCCCCAGACCCCAGCCCCUACUCCGCUGACCUUUGAAGCUUUCAUUUUAUCCCGGAAACCUCUUUGCUUUUAGUCCAGUCCAAUUAGGCUGACCUUCCUUGUAUUGAGUGUUGUCUUUCCCUUCACCCAAAGCAGUUCUUAUCUACUGAUUGAUCAAUAAAAAGCCCUCUCCCUCCCUCCCUCCUUCCCCCCUUUGUAACCACAAAGGUAUGUGUUCUUCUCCGUUUUUUCUAUUUCUCAAGAUCUUAUAAUAGUGGUCUUAUACAAUAUUUGUCCUUUUGUCUCUGACUCAUUUCGCUCAGCAUAAUGCCUUCCAGAUUCCUCCAUGUUAUGAAAUGUUUCAGAGAUUCGUCACUGUUCUUUACCAAUGCGUAGUAUUCCAUUGUGUGAAUACACCACAAUUUAUUUACCCAUUCAUCCGUUGACAAACAUCUUGGUUGCUUCCAGCUUUUUGCUAUUGUAAACAGCGCUACAAUAAACAUGGGUGUGCAUAUAUCUGUUUGUGUGAAGGCUCUUGUAUCUCUAGGGUAUAUUCCGAGGAGUGGGAUUUCUGGGUUGUAUGGUAGUUCAAAAAUAAAUUUUUUUUAAAUCAAUUUCAUUGAAGUUUAAUUUAUUCAAUACGUACCUAUUUUACCAAAAUGUACCCAUUUUAAAUGUACAUUUUGAUGGGUCUUGAUAAAUUUAGGCACCCAAGUAACCGCAACCAAUGAAGAUAUAGAGCUUUUCUGUCACUCUAAAAGUUUCCCUGGGCUUCAUUCCAGUGAAUCCCCAUUGCCCCUCAUCCCCAUCUCCAGGGAACCACUGAUGUUUUCUAGAGUUUUAUAUGCAUAUAAAACAUUUCUUCUUCCUUAACUUGAAAGAUAAAUGUCCUCAGUAUCUCCAGAAGUUCUUAGUUGAGCUAGGAAGGGAGAUGGCCUUUGUACCCACAGUCACCUGCCUUGUGGGCUCAGAGUCCACACCUGUAUCCUUGAAUUGGAAGCUUGUAUUGAAUUCAGACAAACAGGACUUUUAUGACGGAUUAGAGAAGUAAAUCAUUUCAAGUAACAAAUUGCCCUAGCAUAGCCACAGAGUUACUAAUAAACAGGGCUUUAAAUCUCUGAUGACAAACACUAAACCCAGGAAUGUCUAGCCUGGUUUUCAUGUUCUGGGUUUCCUCACUUCAGAAAAACAGGGUCUUUAUCCCUUCAAUGGAAACCCUGGUGGCGUAGUGGUUAAGUGCUAUGGCUGCUAACCAAAGGGUCAGCAGUUCAAAUCCGCCUGGCGCUCCUUGGAAACUUUAUGGAGCAGUUCUACUCUGUCCUAUAGGGUCGCUAUGAGUCGGAAUCGACUCGACGGCACUGGGUUUCGUUUUUGGUUUUAUCCCUUCAAUAACCAUCCUCCUUUUUCUUACUUGGAAACCCUGGUGGUGUACUGGUUUAGUGCUAUGGCUGCUAACCAAAACUUCGGCAGUUCGAAUUCACCAGCCGCUCUUUGGAAACUCUCUGGGGAAGUUCUACUCUAUCCUAUAGGGUUGCUAUGAGUCAGAAUCGACUUGAUGGAAACAAGUUGUUUUUUCUUACUUAAUAAUAGAAUUUUUAUCUGGGCCACUGUGGUAGAUUGUUACAAUAAUGAACCCCAAUGAAUUGUGCCUCCCUGUGUCCUGUCCCUUUGCAAUGUGACAUUGCUGCUCCUCUUAUCUGGUGGUGGAACCCAUUUCUCCACACCUUUGAAUCUGGGCUGGUCUUGUGACUUUGACCAACAGAAUGUGGCAGAAGUGAUGUUGUAUGAGUUUUGGAGCUUAGACCUUAAAAUGCAUUGCAGCUUCUGCUCUUGCUCUCCUGGAACCCUGAGACCACCACGUGGUGAUCCAUCUAGCCUAGUGAAGAAUGGGUGACCAUGUGGAGGAGACAACUGAGACACCCAGCCGACAGCCAGCACAACUGCCUGACACAUGCUCAAGGCUAUCGUGGAUCUCCCAGCCUGGUCAAGCCAUUCGAUUACUGCAGCGCAGCCACAGACAAGUCCAGCAGAGCCGACCAAAUUGUCACCUCACACAACUGUGAGAAAUAAUAAAUUGUUGAUGCUUCAAUCCACUGUAUUUUGAAGUGAUUUGUUAUCAGCAAUAAAUAACUAAUAUAGCUACCCAGAUAAACAUUACAUUUCCCAGUCUUCUUUGCAGCUAGGAAUGGCCACAUGACUAGAUUCUGGCCAAUAGGAUGUGAAUAGAAGUGAGUGAGCAAGUUUAGAGUCAGGUCCUUUGAGAGAAGGGCCCUCCUUUUCCCCUCACCCCCUUCCCACUGGCUGGAGCACGAACAUGGCGGUGUGCCAUUUUGCACCUCAGACAAGGGUAACACCUAAGAAUGCCAGAGUGAGGCAGAAAGACC